CAUCACCACACGGAGCAGGACGAUCUGAAGCAGCGCCAUCUGACGGCUCCACCAUCUCCGUUCACAUCAGGGCAGUCUCCUAGCGACACCUCCUCCUUUACGGCAAAUGGAACAUGGCGGAGAGUGAGAAAUCCCCAGACGGACUGGAGCUCAGCAAGGAGUGGCAGGAGGCUGCAGACAGCAGAGCGGAGUUGCUCCGCUACCUGAAGGAACAGGUGCCACAGAUCUUCUGCCUGAAGAAGGAUGCCAGCCCUCAGGAAGAAGAGGAGCUCAUGCAGAGCCGUCUCCUCCACCCACUGGAGUGUUUUCUGUUUGGAGAGGAUCCUCAGGAGGGUCUGGAGAAGCUCAAACAGGGCAGCACCUCCUCCCAGCUCUGCGGACGUGUGUUCAAAGAAGGAGAGACCGUCUACUCCUGCAGGGAUUGUGCAAUAGAUCCCACUUGUGUCCUGUGCAUGAACUGCUUCCAGGACAGCGUGCACAAAAGCCAUCGUUACAAGAUGCAUGCGUCAUCGGGCGGGGGGUUCUGUGAUUGUGGGGAUGUAGAAGCCUGGAAGAUUGGCCCUUGUUGCUCCAAACACGACCCGGGGGCAGCCACUGCCAUGGUAACGGAUGAGUGUGUGCUGGAACCUGAACUGCAAGAGCGUGCUGAGAAGCUGUUCCGGGUACUGCUGUGCUACAUCAAAGAUUUUUUGGUGUGGGAGGAGAACUUUGAGCUGCCGGCUGAGCUCCAGCCUCGGACAAAAGACAAUGCUUACUACUGUGUACUGUACAAUGAUGAGCACCACUCAUACGAUCACGUGAUCUACACCCUGCAGCGUUCAGUAAACUGUGAUCAGGCUGAAGCACAGACACACACGGCCCUUAUUGACAAGGAGGGUCGACGGGCAGUAAAGAGGGGAACGUUUCGUUCAUGCCAGCAAGCAAAAGAUCUCAUCAGGGCCAACUCUGAGCACAUUUCGCUGCUGCCACUGCGUGUGGAAAUCCUUACAGCAACAGUAAUGGCUCAUCAAACUUUUGCGCUGCGCCUCGGCCCCUGGUUCCAGAAGAUUAUUGGUUACUCAGUGGGCUUCAGGCAGGCCUUCUGCCAGGUGGCACUAGAACCAAACGCAGACAGAGAUCAGCCUUGCCUCAUUAGCAGACUCAUGCUGCACGAUGCCAGGAUGUACAAAGGAGCUCGCAAGAUAGUUCAUGAGCUAAUUUUCUGUAGCAUGCUGAUGGAAACAGAAUUCAAGAGGCUUUUUGCAAUCGAGUUUACAAAGCACUACAAGCAGCUGCAGAAGGACUUCAUCAACGAUGACCACGAGAGGAGUAUAUCCAUCACUGCUCUGUCAGUUCAGAUCUUCACUGUUCCCACACUAGCCAGGCAGCUCAUUGAAGAGGGCAAUGUCAUUAAAGUGAUAGUUGAUACAGUCCUGGAAUUGCUACGCGAACACCUGGAUGAUAACAAUCGCUUUUUCUUCCUGGGCUACAGCUCAGACAAGUUCUCACGCAUCCAGGUCAUCUUCCACGACCUCAGGUAUAUUCUGAUCAGUAAACCCUCAGUAUGGACUGACGAGCUGCGGGAACAGUUCCUAGCAGGAUUCAAAGACUUUCUUGGGCUUCUGAAAUGCAUGCAGGGGAUGGAGGAGGUGAAACGACAGCUUGGUCGACACAUUGCAGUGGAGCCAGAAUGGGAAGCUGGCUUUACCCUCCAGAUUCAGCUCCGUCACAUUCUUGCUAUGUUUCAGGACUGGUCUUCUUCUAAUGAUGAGCUCUUGCUACUUGCAUUUAAGGAGUGCCAUUCAGUCCUGAUGCAGUGCAAUAACCAGCCCUUCCAUAGGGAGGCCACUGACUACUAUAUGUGCAAGCACAUCCUCCAUGUUCGUCCGUACAAAGUCUCUCAGGAGCCUGUCAGCAUACAUCUGCCCAUCUCCAGGCUACUGGCUGGUCUGUAUGUACUUCUAUGUGGAAAAGGGAUAAUUGACCGUCUGGAUAAUCCUGAGAGCUAUGACUUCACACAGUUAGCAGAGCUUCCUCUACGCUGUGUGGUGCUGGCUGCACAGGUCUCAGCUGAAAUGUGGCGCAGAAAUGGGCUGUCAUUGGUCAGCCAGGUCUACUACUAUCAGGAUGUAAAGUGCAGGGAUGAGAUGUACGAUAAGGAUGUCCUCAUGCUUCAGAUUGCUGCUUCCAAAAUGGACCCCAACCACUUCCUCAUGCUAAUCUUGUUAAGAUUUGAGCUGUUUGAAUAUUUCAAUGGAAGUUGCACAAGCAAAGACCAGGAUGAGUUGAGACAGUGGAACCGUCUGACAGAGGAGAUGCUGUACCUGCUGAUCGUCGUCAUUGGUGAGCGCUACAUCCCUGGGGUCAGUCAGGUGACCAAAGAGGAUGUGACAGUGAGGGAGGUUAUCCACCUGCUGUGCAUUGAGCCCAUGGCUCAUAGUAGCCUGGUCAAAGGCCUGCCUGAGAAUGAAAGCCAUGAAACAGGCCUGGAGUCCGUAAUCACCAAAGUUGCCACCUUCAAGAAACCAGGAGUGUCGGGACAUGGAUUGUAUGAAGUGAAAAAAGAGCGUUUAAUGGAAUUCAACCCUUUCUUCUACCAUUAUUCAAGAUCCCAGCAUAGCAAGGCAGAAGAGUCUCAAAAGAAAAGGAAAGCUCAGGAGGGCAACGAUAAGGCUCUGCCUCCUCCGCUGCCCCCAGCCUUUUGUCCAGCUUUCUCCAAUGUAGUACGUCUUCUCUGCUGUGACAUCAUCAUCCACAUCCUGAGACACGUCCUGCAAAGAGCUGUAGAGGACCGGCCCGUUAACUGGACAGAAGCCAUGAUUCAAAGGGCCCUGCACCUGAUUGGUCAGGCACUGCUAGAAGAGAAAACACAACUUGAGGAUAGCACUGUGGAGGAGGUGACCUUUGAUUUCAGCCUAAAGGCCCGCAUUAUCGGCUCAGAACACGGCAAGUCAGUGUUCCUCUUGUUGUACAAGAUCAAGGCUUUGCCUUCCCUUGAAGCUCAAAAAGACAUGGUCAAAUGGGUUCUACAGAUGUUUGAGAUUGUCAAGUGCCUUAGAGAGAAGUCCAGUCCAACAGUGCCCAUGAGCAUGGAGACCAAGCCAGAAGAGAGUGCUCAGGACAAAGAAAAAGCAGAGAGAAAAAGAAAGGCGGAGGCAGCUAAACUCCACCGACAGAAGAUAAUGGCCCAGAUGUCGGCAAUGCAGAAGAACUUUAUCGAGUCAAACAAGAUGCUGUAUGACAACAUGCCUGAGAGCGGAACACAAGGAGAACCUGUUACAUCUACUGUGAGCUGUGCCAUGGAGCAGAGGGACAUGUGUAUAGCCAUCGGGCCUCAGAGAGGGUCCACUAUAGAUGACAGGGAGGUGUUGACCUGCAUUCUUUGCCAGGAGGAGCAGGAAGUGGCGGCUCAGGCUCCAGCCAUGGUACUGACUGCAUGUGUCCAGAGGUCCACAGUGCUGACACAGUGCAGAGGAAAGAUACCACCCUUCAGAGCAGAUGGGCCAGGGACAUUGUAUCCCCUCUACAUGCCUCCUGAGCUGGCUGUGGGGACUCACACUGGCAGCUGUGGACACGUCAUGCAUGCCACAUGUUGGCAGAAAUAUUUUGAGGCAGUCCAAAAUACGACCAGAAACCGCCUCCACGCUGAGCUGAUCAUCGAUCUGGAGAAUGGAGAGUACUUGUGUCCCUUGUGCAAGUCUCUGUGCAAUACCGUGGUCCCUCUUAUCCCGUUAGAACCACUAACAUUUAACUAUGAAAAUGCAGAAAUAAUUGGACAGCAUUUGACAUUGCCUCGUUGGAUCCAGAUCCUCUCUGCCAGGAUUAAAGGACUCAAGUCAGUCACUCAGGAUAACGAAGGCAGCAGUGGUAUCGGUAACACAGGGCUGUGUGGAGAGGGCCAGCCAGACUUUAGAUCCAUUCUUAGCUAUGGAGUACAAGAACCGAGAAAAUUCUCCGACAGCAUCACAGAGAUGCUGGUUGUCUGCGCCACCACAGUCCACAGGGUGGGACUAAAGACGGCACCCAAUGAGCUAUGCCCACGUGUGCCAGUAAUGGCCUGGAACACAUGUGCCUUCACGAUUCAGGCAAUAGAAAACAUACUGCAGGAAGAGGACAAGCCACUGUUUGGGUCAUUACAAAAUAGACAGCUCGCAGGUCUGAAGGCCAUUGUUCAGUUUUCAGCUUCACAGAGGCUCAAGAGCUCUCAGGCUGUUAUCCAGAGGCACUUCACAGACAUGUUAGGGGUCUUGCUUCCGGCCCUGAGCAGAAAGAACACACCAUCGCUUCUGGAAGUGGACUGCUUCCAUCUUCUGGUGGGGUUGGUGUUGUCUAUACCAUCACUGUAUCAGGAGGAGGCUGUAGACUUACAGCCGUCUGCUGUCAGCUCUGCCUACAAUCACCUCCACAUCUUUCAUCUGGUCACCAUGGCUCACAUGCUGCAGGUCCUAUUGUCUUCUACAGAUUUCCCUGAAGUGGAGGCUGGGGAGGAGACAGAGGAGACGAGAGCAGCAGCAGAGUUCCAUGCUACAGUAUCACAACACACUGGAAGGCUGAUUCCAGAUGCGUCCAGCAGCUCUUUAGCUGAAAGAGUGAAGAAAGGAAUCGAACCUUUCCUGCGCUGUGCUGCUCUCUUUUUCAAUUGCCUUACGGGAGUACAUCCUCCAGAGGAGCUUUUCAGUACUUCUGUUACCUCUCAAGGACAGAUGGAGGCACUAUGCAGUUACUUGGCACUACCCUCCAAUGUGUUCCAGCUGUUCCAGGAUCACAGAGACACUGUUACUCCACUGCUCCAGAGGUGGUGUGGGAGCCCAGCAAUAACCAAAGCCCUGAAAGGCAAAACCCAGACAGUCAGAUACCCCAGGAGAAGGAAUCGUUUGAUGGAUCUUCCUGAAGAUUACAGCGCCCUCCUCAAUCAAGCCAGCCAUUUUCAGUGUCCAAAAUCUACAGAUGAUGAGAGGAAGCAUCCGACGCUGUGCCUGUUUUGUGGGGCCAUGCUGUGCUCUCAGAGCUCCUGCUGCCUCAGCCAGCUGGACGGGGAAGAUGUGGGAGCUUGCACCGCCCACGCUGCUACCUGUGGAGCUGGAGUGGGCAUGUUCCUCAGGAUACGAGAGUGUGAAAUUGUACUGAUGGCCAGUAAGACUCGAGGAAGCACGUACCCAGCUCCUUACUUGGAUGAUUACGGGGAGACUGAUCCUCAUCUUGGAAGGGGCAAUCCAUUGCACCUUUGUCCAGAGCGUUACAGAAAGCUGAACCAACUGUGGCAGCAGCACUGCAUCCUGGAGGAGAUCGCCCGCAGCCUCGAAGUGGUCAACGUUAUGUUUGCCUUCGAGUGGCAAAUGUUGUGAUGAUCGCUCCAGCUGUGGUGGCCAGGAAAUAAAGAGCACAGCCACAGAGCACAGCGAGAAGUCAUGCUCCGACAGGCAAACACACAUUACCCUUACACACACACAAGCAAUCAAGCUCCUCUGCAAUCAAAGGAGACCCAGUCCCUCCCAGAUGAAUUCCCCGUUGGACUCCAGAGAGGCGGGUCGGUCAAAGAGGAAGAAGAGGAAAAAUAACGGCGAGUGACGAAUAAUGAUUAAACCCAAGUCGCCUUCUUACAAUUUGAUUGUCUGCUGUGAGAAUGAGUUUCUGCUAGAGUAAUGUUAUUUGAGGCUCAUUCAAAUAAAGACAAACAUCUGACGCAUUUCUGUUAGCAGUUUAUAUGUUUGAUUUCUCUCAGUAAUGCUGUGAAUUUUCUGCAUUCUCUUUAUUUUGUGUUAGAAGUCAGGAUUUGUUCUAAGUUAUAUUUCUUCAUUUAUGCUGAUUUGGAGGGUACAUUUAUAUGGGAAUGUAUAAGCAUGGUCAGAGAUCCUCUACAGUUUUGUCCCUCAAAAGUAGGUAGUCCAGAUGUUAGAACCAUCAUGUGCUGUCCCCUCUGCUCAUAUAUAGCCACUUUCAGUAUGUAAUGGAUCAAACAUAUGUAGAGUAUGCAUUAUUUUUUAAAUUGCAGUCAAGCAGAUUCAGUAUUCCAAGCUGUACACAGUAAUCUCCCUCCAUGAUUAACUGGUACAGAUGGACUUCAUGAAAAAUUGCCAUUUUGGCAACAGUUUUCUGAAAUUCAGCCAUAUUUAUAGUAACAAGUCCUUACUGAUCUGACGGUUUAUUGAAUGAAUUCUGUAAAAAACGUUUCUGAUACCAUAUGACAUUGUGAGAUCCCUUUUAGAAAAAUCUGUAAUGCAGCCAAAAAUUAUUACCAGAUGUUCACUGUAUGCUUGCAAUCAUUAAAACUUCCUGAAGGGACCAUUGUGUCACAUUUUAGCAUGUAGUGUUAAUUCACUGAACAUAAAUUGAACAUAAGUGGUGGAAAAUGACUAUUGCGAUAUUCUAUUUAAGAAAAAAGUGCACACUUUCUUGUACUAAUUCAAUUUAUCUUUUUAGUUAUUUCAUUAUUUCUCAGCCAUAACAGGAAAUAAUGUGUGACUCUUUAAUUUCUUCCUUUUUGUGUUGUUUGACAGUGUUAUAUGACUUCCAGGCUGUGGAAAUAAAGACAAGCCAAACUGCA